AUGUACACUAAAAAGGGGUUUAUCAGCUAUAUUGGGGAUGUGAACAAUGAGACUGGAAGUCAGACUGUUCUUGGAGCUAUGCUACGCGAGUCUUCCGUAACCUUUCUGCACCAUCAGCUUUCACUUUUUGAUCAGUUGCGCUCUCUUGGGGUGUUCCUCUACAUUGAUGAGGCAAUUGACAACAAUUCUCAAUUAGAAAUGUCACUGCCAGGCUACCACAGAAUGCUGAGUCAGGACAGGCAUCCAACCCAAAAAGUGACAGUCCUACUGUGCUGGCGCGGUCAGCCAAGCAAUCCUCAAGGCCAAGAAGAUCAACCUACCACCCUUGCUACUCAAGCUGAGCACUCAAAUCCUACCAAUGCCAAUGAAAAUGUGACUAACAACAGUCCCAAAUCUCAGAGUGUCAUUGUCAAGUAUAGCCAGCCAUGCAAUCCACAAAACCAUUUUUAUGCACUCAUUUGGAUGUCCGUAACAUGGUUUCAAACACCACUUCUAAUCUUAACCCCAAAAUUACAAGGUUUGACCCAAAAAGCCCCAACAAAGGCGGCCCACUUCAAUGUUGUACCAGAUGCAAGACUGUCAACUAUUGCUCAACAGAAUAUCAGACAACUUCUUGGCUUAAUCACAGGCAAAUCUGCGCUGGAAGAACAAGCCCCUUAG